AUGAACAUCCAAAUGUUGCCCGACCACAAACUAUCUUCAGUUGCCCCGGUGAAACCUUUCAAUGUUGAAAAGAAGGGAGUGGAACUAAUUCUGGUAAAGGACCAGAAUGGGGUUCAGUACACCAAUUCAUCCAUUAUCUCUGCGCAAAACCAUCGUGCCCAUGACUCACGCUCCACUGAAGGGGACAGAGAAACGUGGGGCAAAAAGAUAGACUUUCUCCUGUCGGUCAUAGGAUUCGCUGUGGACUUGGCCAAUGUUUGGAGAUUCCCCUAUUUGUGCUACAAAAACGGAGGAGGUGCCUUUUUGAUCCCAUAUAUUCUUUUCCUGUUCAUUGCGGGAAUGCCCUUGUUUUACAUGGAGCUGGCUUUGGGACAGUACAACAGGGAAGGAGCAGCUACUGUCUGGAAGAUAUGCCCUGUGUUCAAAGGUGUGGGCUAUACGGUUAUUGUCAUCGCAUUGUACGUGGGCUUCUACUAUAACGUCAUCAUUGCCUGGUCCCUGUACUACCUGUUCUCCUCGUUUACCAACGAUCUGCCAUGGCUGAGCUGUGGCAACACUUGGAACAGUGUUAACUGCACCAUCAACGGCUCCGUGCUGACCAAUGGAACCUCUUAUGCCAAGAACAAGAGAACUCCAGCUGCUGAGUUCUAUGAACGCGGUGUUCUACACAUCCAUGAGAGUGAGGGGAUCCACGACUUGGGUUUGCCUCGCUGGGAACUCAUUCUGUGUCUCGUGGUGGUUUGUUUCAUCCUCUACUUCAGUCUAUGGAAGGGAGUCAAGUCCUCGGGAAAGGUGGUGUAUAUCACAGCCACUAUGCCCUACCUGGUCCUGUUUGUGCUGCUCAUUCGAGGUCUUACUCUGCCAGGGGCUAUGGACGGCAUCAGAGCCUAUCUACACAUCGACCUCAAAAUGCUCAACAACCCAGCGGUUUGGAUUGAUGCAGCCACUCAGAUAUUCUAUUCCUUGGGAGCAGGAUUUGGAGUCCUUAUUGCGUUUUCCAGCUACAAUAAAUUUGACAACAACUGCUACAGGGAUGCCAUGCUGACCAGUACAGUGAACUGCGUCACCAGUUUCGUAUCAGGAUUUGCCAUCUUCUCCGUGCUGGGUUACAUGGCUCACAAGCAUCAUGUUAGCAUAAAGGAAGUAGCCACUGAGGGAGCAGGCCUGGUGUUUAUCAUUUAUCCAGAGGCCAUUUCUACUCUACCUGGCUCUACCUUCUUUGCCGUAUUCUUCUUCAUCAUGCUGCUAACCCUGGGCAUUGACAGCUCCAUGGGUGGUAUGGAAGCUGUCAUCACAGGACUCACAGAUGACUUUAAAAUCCUCAAGAGGAACAGGAAGCUGUUCACAUUCGCCACAGCGUUUUUGACCUUUCUGGUCGCCUUAUUCUGCGUCACAAACGGAGGAAUUUACGUACUGACUCUUCUGGACACCUACGCUGCAGGAACAUCAAUUCUGUUUGGUGUUCUGAUUGAGGCCAUUGGAGUGUCCUGGUUCUACGGUGUGGACAGAUUCAGCGAGGACAUUGAACGCAUGAUGGGAUUCAAGCCAGGACUCUACUGGAGACUGUGCUGGAAGUUUGUCAGUCCUACCUUCCUACUGUUUGUUGUAAUAGCUAGCGUGGUCACUUCCCAAGGUCUGAAAUAUGAUGAAUACAUCUUCCCUGGCUGGGCCAAUGUGGUUGGCUGGGGCAUAGCCAUGUCCUCCAUGCUGUUUGUCCCCGUCUAUGCUGUCUACAAGUUCCUGAGUGUUCCAGGUUCAUUCAAGCAGAGGAUAGCAUAUUGCAUCACACCUGAACACGAACAUCAUCUUGUGGCAGAGGGGAAUGUCAGGCAGUUUAAGCUAAAGCACUGGUUGGCUAUUUAA